AUGUUUACACCCGCAGCAAAAAGUAACGAGAGCGAACAGUCUUCAAACCUAGAUCUCCUAAGAGAGCGAAUAAAAACAUUACUUGAGCAGAAUUCACUUUCAGACGUAUCUUCAGUUUCAGUAGUAUCGUUUGUUGGUUUCUCACAAAAUGGAAGUACAACAAACGUGGCGUCAAUAGCGAACACUAUCAUCGAAAAGAAUGUCUUUGAACAGUCAGAUAAUUACGAGCUAAAGAAUGAUCACCGACAGGAAAAAGCGACUUUGCUUAUUUCGAAUAAAAACAAUUAUGGACUAUGGAUGUACUGCGACAAGACAAAGAACAUUGUAUAUUUACUGCUUGACUCGAUGCAUGGGUGGGAAACCCUACUAAUGCUAUGGGAUAAGGAUUGCAAUCUUGCCGACAAUACGGAUGGAUUUCAAGAAUGGAUGUGGAAUCAAGAACAUUUCUACCUACGAUUACUCUUUUUUACAUUCAUCGUCUCACAUACAAUUCUACUGACACUUCCAGUCUCAAAGCUUGAUGGAAAUCUCGUAUCCCUCUUACGCACAGUUGCAUCUCUGAAGCGUUAUAUACUCACUCAAACGUCGGCAUACGUGAACCUAUGUUGGCAAAGUUUAGGCAUUCCGUCACCGUAUGGCACAUCCGUCCCAGGAUACAGUGGCAGAGGAGGUGGUCAGCAGGGCGGUGUGAUGGCACCUGGAAGAUGUGUUCCCUUUGUAUUAUUUUUGUUUCAUGAGGUACAAUUGCCUUCUUCAGUUAAUGGAGAUGGGACAAAAGCAGAUAUUGGACAUGAAAAGGCAGCUUCCGGAAGUAUUAAACGGAUGAAAGAAUCGCUACAAGCUCGCAUUCGUUUCCUGUUCCGUACUUGUUAUUUGGUACAAACGAAUGAUGUUCAUGCACCGUUCGAUGGCCGCUUCCUGUUCACCCUUCCGCCGCCUUCAGCUCAAUUUUUCGUUCACUUGAUUACACGCGGAUCGAUUGGAAAUCAGCUUGCGGCUGACCAACCCGCCGCUACUGUAUUAUCGAAAACACUGCGACGACAAGAUUUUCGGAAUAUCGAUAACUUUGAGAUUAAACUGCUAAGAGAAUUUGCGUCUGGAUGGAUUAAGUGGUUGGCAACAGGGUUUCCAAGAAGUUUUGCCAAGAGGAAUUUAACGGCUCUGGAGCUGCCAACUGGAAGUCAAUGGAUGUCUGGCGCAGUUGCGUUGCAAGAAUUGUUGUUCGGACAGCUUGCCAAAGAGAUAAUGGACCGGAGGAGUUACAGCGCUGUGGAUGAUGCAUUCGGAAGACGUCUAAAGGACUGCGUACAAGUGAACAAUCGUUUUUCAGCGAGCCAUUGUGCACAGGUCUUGAGAAAAGCCGUUGAUUUCUAUUCAUCUGACUUACCCGCACAUUAUACGCGAGAAUCUCAUGAACACAAAGAGAGCUUCUCAUGGAAAUUCAAACGCUCUUCCUAA